AUGUUAGCCGUGGGUCCCAUGGACGGGUCCCGCCAGAGCGCCUUCCUCCUCAGCCCCCCCCCACUAGCAGCUCUGCACAGUAUGACCGAGAUGAAGACUCCUCUGUACCCGGCCUACCCGCUCUGCUCCACCGGGCCGACCUCCUCCACCUCCCCGGCCACCACGUCUCCUAACCCGGGCGGGAUGGCCGUCUCCUCCCCGGGGAUCAAGUCCUCUGCGGGGCUUUCCUCCGGUCUCGGUUCCCCGCAUCUCUGCUCCUCCGCGACCCCGCACGGAAUAAACGACAUCCUGAACCGGCCGAUCCCGACUUGCACCGGAGGCACCGGAGCCGUAGCAGCAGCCGGAGCCGCCUCCUCUUCUUCCGCUGCGGGGCUUCUUGCGGGUUUGCCCCGGUUCAGCAGCCUCAGCCCGCCGCCGCCUCACGGACUGUACUUCAGCCCCGGGGCCGUGGCCGUGGCCCGGUACCCGAAGCCUCUGGCGGAUCUACCGGGCAGGACACCGAUCUUCUGGCCGGGAGUCAUGCAGAGCCCGCACUGGAGGGACGCCAGAUUUGCGUGUUCAGCCCAUCAGAACUCGGUGCUGUUGGAUAAAGACGGGAAACGGAAGCACACGCGACCCACGUUUUCAGGACAGCAGAUUUUUGCUCUGGAAAAAACUUUUGAACAAACUAAAUAUCUGGCGGGACCUGAGAGAGCGAGGCUGGCUUAUUCCCUGGGAAUGACGGAGAGCCAGGUGAAGGUGUGGUUUCAGAACAGGAGGACUAAGUGGAGGAAAAAGCACGCAGCAGAGAUGGCCACCGCGAAGAAGAAGCAGGACUCUGAGACGGAGCGUCUGAAGGGAAACUCUGAGCAGGAGGAAGAGGACGAUGACUACAACAAACCUCUGGACCCGAACUCUGAUGAUGAGAAGAUCACACAGCUGCUGAAGAAGCACAAACCGCUGCUGCACACAUCCGAGAACGACAGCUCCUAA